AUGUACGUGAGCUACCUCCUGGAGAAGGACGGGCCCAUGUACCCCGGCCCAGUGCGACACUCGGGGGGACUCAACCUGGCGGCGCAGAACUUCGUGGGCGCCCCGCAGUACGCGGACUACGGCGGCUACCAUGUGAACCUCGACAGCGCCCAGUCCCCCGGCCCGGCCUGGCCUGCGCCCUACGCGGCCCCGCUUCGCGAUGACUGGGGAGCCUAUGGGCAAGGGCCGCCGGCGGCCGCCGGCGCCGUCCAUGGCCUCAACGGCGGGUCACCCGCUGCCGCCAUGGCCUACAGCCCCGCCGACUAUCACCACCACCACCCGCACGCCCACCACCACGCCGGCCCCGCGCCCCACUGCUCUGCCGGGGUCAUGCAGCCCCUCAACGCCGCUAACGCCGCCGCUCCUGAGUCGCUCUCCCCCAGCGGGCAGCGCCGGGGCCUCUGCGAGUGGAUGAGGAAGCCGGCGCAGACCCCGCUUAGCAGCCAGGUUAAAACCAGGACGAAAGACAAGUACCGUGUCGUGUACACCGACCACCAGCGUUUGGAGCUGGAGAAGGAGUUUCACUACAGCCGCUACAUCACCAUCAGGAGGAAAGCUGAGCUGGCCUCCAACCUAGGGCUGUCGGAAAGGCAGGUGAAAAUCUGGUUCCAGAACAGGCGGGCGAAGGAGAGGAAGAUCAACAAGAAGAAGCUUCAGCAGGCGCAGCCUGGCGGCACGGAGUCUCUCAGCCCCGGCACCCCGCUGCAGGGUCCCGCAGCAGGGACAGCUACUGCCGGGCUGGGCCCUACUGCUCCGCAGUGACAGCGGCCCGGGGACAUCGGCGCAGGGACUGCUGGAGGUCACGGCCGCGGUGGGGCCAGGCCGAGCCAGGCCCGAGGAGAGCGGUGGGAGCAGCCCCCCACCUCCCUAUGCACUACAGCGCCCGCGGGGCUGGCCAUAUGUACAGAUGUACAGUAUAUGUGUCUUGUUGUCCAGGGGAAGCGUGGUCAUCGCUUCGUUAAUAUUAUUAUUAUUAUUAUGUUUGGGUGUUUUUUUACCCUGGAAUUUGUUAGCUAAAAGGGGGGCACUGUUUGCCAGCUGCCUCCUGGUGAAUCUCAGGGAUAGGUCCAAAAGACCUCACAA